AUGCAAGACAACAUGAUCAACAUUCCGUUGAUAGUUCAGGAUGGCUUCAUUCGAAUGAUGUGCAUCCUGCUGAAGCCUCACGAGGUUGAGGCAAUAGUGCUGUUGCUCAUCAGAUGGUUCACGGAGUAUUUCAAGCGAUUUCCGGACCUUCACCUCUUCGGCAACCGAAUAUCACCAGUUGUGGAGGCAAUUGAUGAACGUGUAGCCUACGAGCUGUCGCCUUUCUUUGUCCGAGAUCACAUCUUCCUGCUGUUUACACAGGUCCUGCAAGCCUACAAUGUUCAGAGGACUUGGGGCAAAGACUGGUUCUCCAGCUACGUCAGAGGUGGACGCAGCCUCAGCCAGCAUUUGAACGAGUCGACUACAGGGUGA